AUGGCAGAACAGCCCAUCAGGCAGCCAUUCCGCUUUCUGUUUUGGUCACUAGGCUCAGCAUCGGCUCCUUUUCGUGCUCCAGUUGGGACCCAACCCCAACCAAGGUCCACCACUGUAGCUCCAAAUCAACAACCAGCAGCAGUCCAACCACCAGCCCCAGCUCCUUUACCCCCACCAAAGACAGAGUCACAACCCCCAUCACAAGUAGGCUCCCAGUCACUAUCACCAUCUCACACCUCCCCUCCAUCACAAAUAGGUCCUCAAGCCCCAUCACCAUCUCCCACAGCCCCUACGUUACGAAUAGGCUCUCGGUCCCCAUCACCACCUCAAUCACAGGUAAUAACUUUGACUCCUUCUCAACCCCCAUCACCAUCUAGAACAGCCCCUACAUCACGAAUAGGCUCUCAGCCCCCAUCACCACCUCAAUCACAAGUUGUAACUUUGACUCCUCAACCCCCAUCACCAUAUCCCACAGUCCCUACAUCACGAAUAGGCUCUCAGCCCCCAUCACCACCUCUUGCAGCCCCUCCACUAGGAGUCAUUUCUCAUCCCCCAUCACCACCUCAACCACAAGUAGUAACUUCGAGUCUUCAACCCCCAUCACCAUCUCUUACAGCCUCUCAACCUAGUUCAAAGUCUCAACCCCUAACCACAACAUCCACACAUACCCCAGAUUCUCAGCACCCAUCACCUCCAACAAGACAACACCUAAUUCAAUCAAUAGAUCAAACAGGUUCUCAGGCCCCAUUCCCAACAAGGCAAGCCCUUCCGUUAACAGCAAGAUCUCAGUCCCCACCUACCUCUCAGCCUGAUGAGACAUCUCAAACCCAGGCAGUAUUAUUCCCGCACCUGCAGCAUUAUUCUCAGUCACCUCAGGUGAAAAGCUCGCCUAAGCCAGUCUAUCUUUCCCCAACCCAAAACCUAUCGCAACCAAGCUCUCAACUGGAAGAGGAAACAAAUCAACCUACAAAAAGUAUGCCUAUAUUGCCAAUAAUAUCAGAGCCUUCUGCAAUUAUUAAUGACCUUAUUCCUCCUUCAGAAUCAGAAGAAAGGAAAGACGAGAAGAAAUCAAUACAAGAACUUAGGACAGAAGAUAAGUCCAUUGCCCCAGUUGAUGAGGAGCCAAAGCAACAGACAACCGUUGAACUUCAUAGCAUGGCAUCAAGAUCAAUCACAGCGAGCAAAGGGCCCUCAAGAAUAGCACCUCAAGCAGAAAAAAAGCAGCUGGAGAAGCAAGCAGUUCCAGACAAAAAGAAGAUAGCAAUGGCAGGCUUUAAAGGAAGAGAGAAAAAAGCAGUUGCAAUGAAAACAAAGGAGAGGAGCUUGGACAAUGAACUGCACCUAAAGCCUACAACAUCAAAAAGUGAACGAACUCCCCUACACAAAGAAAUCAAGGAAGAUGUUUCAAGGUUCGUCCACAAGCUGACAAUGGGAUAUCCAAAGCAGUCCAUAGAUGAGCAUCCGGCAUCCAUCAUAACUCUGGCUGGUGUAAAUAGAGGAGCAGCAAUGCAUAUGGGUACUGAAUUGGAAAAUACAGAUGAGGCAGUCCCCAUUCAAAAGGGUUAUAAGCUCAACCAAGAUGACCAAGGAGAAGGAACUGACGAUGGAGAGGACACUCCUGAUGCAAGUUCAGAUGAUCCGGAGAUGGGAGAAGAUGCAUUAUCUACAACAUUCGUUAACAGCAAUGCACAAAGUAUCAACAAUUCCCUUCUUUUUGACAGUUCCUUUUACGAAAGCAAUCCGGGAGUUCGCAUAGUUCAUCAUCAUAAUAAGCCAAUGGACACCGUCAACUUGAAUACAGAAACAAAAUCUUAUGAGGCACAUAAGACCAGUUUUAACAUAACCUCUGGUUCAGAAGCUCACUUGUGA